GCGAGAAAGAGCUGCUGCCGCCGAGUGCUUAGACUCCAGGCAGCGGCCGGCUCCGCUCGCCCCGCUCGGAAAGUAACGUUAUUUAUUUAUUUGCUUGCGUUCAGCCUCUUGGGUUGGACCCAAUAGACACCCCCUUGGACUUCGGGAGCCCGCCUCCGACCUCUCCAGCCUCCACCCUGCCCGUGCAGGCGGCUCCCCGGAAUACACGCACAUGCACCCCCGGCACCCCCUCCCCGCGCUCCGACCCGGGCAGGGGGUGGGCCCUCACCCAGGCGCUAAAAAGUCCCCCUAGGCGGGAGCAGGGGAGGGCAGAGCGGCGGGGGAGGCUCCAGCACUCUCCGCUCUCGUUUCAAAGCGCGCUCUCCCUUCCAGGUUGGGUCGGACCUGAACCCCUAAAAGCGGAACCGCCUCCCGCCCUCUCGCCAGCAGCCCUCCCGGAGCUUGAGUCGCCGGCGGCGGUGGCGGCGGACGGACCGGGGAGUCUCCUCUCGCAUUGGAUGGAGCUGAACUUUGGGCGGCCAGAGCAGCGCGGCCGUCCGGGGAUCGCUUAAUGCUGAGCUCCCUCGGCGAGACCCAGCGGCAGCUCUGGAUUUUCGGGGGGGCGGGGACCAGCUGCGCUCCGGCACCAUGUUCUUGGCGACCCUGUACUUCGUACUGCCGCUUCUGGACGUGCUCCUGUCGGCCGAGGUCAUUGGCGGGGACCGCCUGGACUGCGUGAAAGCCAGCGAUCAGUGCUUGAAGGAGCAGAGCUGCAGCACCAAGUACCGCACGCUCAGGCAGUGCGUGGCGGGCAAGGAGACCAACUUCAGCUUGACAUCGGGCCUGGAGGCCAAGGACGAGUGCCGCAGCGCCAUGGAGGCCCUCAAACAGAAGUCGCUUUACAACUGCCGCUGCAAGCGGGGUAUGAAGAAGGAGAAGAACUGUCUGCGCAUCUACUGGAGCAUGUACCAGAGCCUGCAGGGAAAUGAUCUGCUUGAAGAUUCCCCAUAUGAACCAGUUAACAGCAGAUUGUCUGAUAUAUUCCGGGUAGUCCCAUUCAUACCAGAUGUUUUCCAACAAGUGGAGCACAUCCCGAAAGGGAACAACUGCCUGGAUGCCGCCAAGGCCUGCAACCUGGACGACACCUGUAAGAAGUACAGGUCCGCGUACAUCACACCGUGCACCACCAGCAUGUCCAACGAUGUCUGCAACCGGCGCAAGUGCCACAAGGCCCUCCGGCAGUUCUUCGACAAGGUCCCGGCCAAGCACAGCUACGGGAUGCUCUUCUGCUCCUGCCGGGACGUCGCCUGCACUGAGCGGAGACGGCAGACCAUCGUGCCGGUGUGCUCCUACGAGGAGAGGGAGAAGCCCAACUGCUUGAAUUUGCAGAACUCCUGCAAGACGAAUUACAUCUGCAGAUCUCGCCUGGCGGAUUUUUUUACCAACUGCCAGCCGGAGUCAAGGUCUGUCAGCAGCUGUCUAAAGGAAAACUACGCUGACUGCCUCCUCGCCUACUCGGGGCUUAUUGGUACAGUCAUGACCCCCAACUACAUAGACUCCAGUAGCCUCAGCGUGGCCCCCUGGUGUGACUGCAAUAACAGUGGAAACGACCUGGAGGAGUGCUUGAAAUUUCUGAAUUUCUUCAAAGACAACACAUGUCUUAAAAAUGCAAUUCAAGCCUUUGGCAAUGGCUCAGAUGUGACCGUGUGGCAGCCAGCCCUCCCAGUUCAGACCACCACUGCCACCACCACCACAGCCUUCCGGGUCAAGAACAAGCCCCUGGGGCCAGCAGACUCUGAGAAUGAAAUCCCCACUCAUGUUUUACCACCUUGUGCAAAUUUACAGGCACAGAAGCUGAAAUCCAAUAUGUCGGGCAGUCCACACCUCUGUCUUUCUGAUCGUGAUUACGAAAAGGAUGGUCUUGCUGGGGCUUCCAGCCACAUAACCACAAAAUCAAUGGCUGCUCCUCCAAGCUGCAGUCUGAAUCCACUGCUGGUCCUGGUGGUAACCGCCCCGUCCACCCUAUUAUCUUUAUCUUUGGCUGACACAUCGUAGCUGCGUUUAAAAAACAAUAUGGACGUGUAAAAAGACAAAAACCAAGUUAUCUGUUUCCUGUCCUCUUGUAUAUCUGAAAUUCCAGUUUUAGGAACUCAGUUGAGACACUGCUAAAACAGUUUCAUCCAACUGGAACUUUUCUCUUUCUUUUCUUUUUUUUUUUUUUUUCCUAAGAAAGCUUCUUGUGAUCCUUAGGGCUUAUAUGGGAUCCCCGAUACAGUGCUACAUUCCAGACUCAGAAGGCUUUGGGGCAUGCUGUAUUGUAAAGGGACAGUUUGUUGAUUUGGCUGUAAAGCAAACUGGGGCCAUGUUUUUCAGGAGGACGAUGAGGAUGGUGAUUUUAGCAGUUUAACUCUGGCCUUCACUAGCUAGAGAAGGGGUUAGUAUUUCUAAAGAAUCUUCCAUAUCUCAUGUAAUAGGUUUUCUUUCUGAUGACAUGACUGCGGCGGUACAUGGAUGCCAGGUUUUUUUGGUCACAAAGUGAAGACCCUCAUCAAGACAAUCUUGAUGGACUUUGUGCAGACAAGCUUGUACCAAUGUUCACUUUUCUAUAUGUACUAGUAUUUUCCGCGCUAAGUUUAUAUACUGUAAACAGUUCUGCACUCUCCUACAAAAAACAAAAAAUACCUGUCACAUCCCAGUGUAGUGUCUGUCUUCUAGUCAAAAUAGAGAGUGAAAGUGGGCAUGAGACUUCACGGAACCUUGAUCCUUGAGACAUUUUCCUAAGCCUUACCUGAGUGAGAAGCCCUUAAACUAACAAGAGCCAAAUAUAGCUGAAGCAUCAUUCCAGUACUCUUUACACGUAUGAGGUUACAUGUAGAAAAAAAAUUUUACUACUAAAUGAUUUCAACUACUGGCUUUCUAUAUUUUGAAAGUAAUGACACUGUCUUCAUUUUUUUACUGGUGGUUUAAUACAAAAUACAUGGAGCUCAUUUUCCUCUCCUAAGUAGUGUUAGCUCCGAUGUUCACGAAGACAGCUCUUCAAAAGCAGAGUCUGAGGAGCCCAGUGCUUUAGCAGAAAGCUCUGCGUCACGUUAUUGUGGGCAGGCAGGCGGAGACAGAGCGGCCAAGCAUUGUCUUUUAUCAUUUCCUGAAACGCAAGCGUGCGUACCUGUGAGGAAACCAGCAGCCACUCGUAAGUGUUCUACAAUGUCCGAUGGCACCCUUGCCAGUUGACACAGACCAGUGUCAUGUUGGUGUUCAUGUUACUUGACGAAGGCAGCCUUGACUGGGACGGGGCUUGGGACGUGCUGCCCUUUCUUCUGAAGCAGAUCCAUGCCAGGGUACACAGUUCUUUUCCUAAGGAUUGUCUUGACUCCCGUCUGUCAUGGCUUGGCUGCUGUGUAGAGCAGUUUGGUCUGAAGGUCAUGGGUGUCUGCUUGCACUGUGUUCUGUGUCCUCCAUGACAGACUAUGACUGACUCUGCAAAAAAGAAAAAAGGUUUGUGGAUCCAGAGGGUCACCAUUAGGUCUGUGGAGCUGAGUUGAUUGGCACAGAGACACGGAACAAAACAGGACUCUGGAUAUAAGGCAUUUGGCUUGUUAACUGCACGCCCUCUUCUAUCGUUCUUUUCCUUAAACGAAUAGACUCAAAAGUGCACUUUUGAAGUCUGGUUGAAAUGGUGAGAUUCGAAAUCUACAAGGAUCGAGUGCUAGUAGCCUUGUUUCUUUGAAACUGAAUAGAGGCGAGGAGAUUCCACCCAAUAGAGUAUUGGAAGCGUUGGCUUUCUUCCCAUAUCAGUAGAGGGGUGGAGGGGGGAGACCCCCAGUGCACAUUUCGUCCUGAUUCCCUUUGCUCACGGAUGUUUGCCUUGUAAGAAUUAAUCAAAUUACUAGGGUGGGAAAUCUAUUAAACCCAAGAUGAAGGCGUAGCCUUUUAGCUCUAUUGGUGUUUGAAGUACAUUUAUAUCCAAAUGUUAAUAAACAUAAAUGUAUAUACUAAGUACCGAGUUUUUUCACUUCAGAAUGUUUUCAAGGGGAACUCAUCAAACAAAUUCAAUUAGUGAAAGGUUUCUCCUAAAGACUCUUCCUUUGAAUAAACACAUUAAACAUGUCGAAAUACUUGGAAUUCCAGUCAUCUGUGAAAGCAUAUCUCUUACAGAGCAUAUUUUGUUUUAAUUAAGGUAUCUCUGUGUAUCUACAUUGGACUAAUUGCAUAGAGGUCUGAUUCUAUGUAAUCUACUGUAGAAAGCUAUUGAUUACUUCUGUAAUAAACAGCAGCUCUAAUUAGCUUCAGAUGACCACAGAGGAAAUAGGAGUUAUCAGAGCUAACAAGAGUGGCCUUCAGUGAAGAACACAUGGAUGUGCAGCACAUAAAUUAAAUUUUGAAAAGCCUCAUCUUUCACCAACACAGAUCUCAUUUUUCUUCAGAGAUAGAAGCAUAUGAGAGUUACCAAAUCGUCAAUUUGAAAAUAAAUUAGUGCUUAAGUAAACAGCGGGAAGGAUGUUCCAUGACAACUUGUUAGAGAGAUUCUUAUAAAAUCAUGCCAAGCAAGUAUUUCUGCCGUUCGGGGUGAUCUCAGUUUAACACGGUGCCCCAGAAACACCGUCAUUUGCCCCAGUACUGGAGCAGGCAAAACCUUUUACCUCUCCAGCUUCCUCUGGCAGUGCUAAAAGCAAAAAAUGGUUCACUACUUCCUGUCCUGCAGGCCCUGCAUGGAAGGUGCCGCCAAAAUACAAGGGCUGUCUGCUGAGGUUUGGGCCUGUUGGAGAAGGCAUCUCAUUGUAGUUGAUUUUGGCAAACGAAAACAGUAACUUACAUCCAUGGAGACCAUGGCUCCCAAACCAAGUCUAGCUAUGCUCUACUCACUUCAGAGAAAAAAAGGCAAGAUUACCAAACCGAUUAGAAGCACAUGCAGUCCCCUUGAUGUUGAAUAUCUUUGACCGAGAGGUGUUUGAGUAUCUUUUAAAAUAGAGCACAUGAAGGAAGAAGGGCACAGUAAAGAGAGGGGAUUCAGAAUGCCACCUGAAUAUAUUUUUCCAUAUCUGGUUUUUUUCAAGCCUCUAGUAAAAAAAAAGUGUAAGUUGAGAAUGACAUAGAUUAUUUUUCAUUAAGUAUAGCAAACUGUAUCCAAAGUGUGAAAGGAGUGUGGUUUCCAUUAAAAAAAAAAUUUUUUAAACGAUUCUUAAUCCUGUAGUAAAAAAUGUUUUAGAAGCUACUUCUUCAAGGAAAACAAAUAUAGGACAGGGCUCCUCCAGAGCUGCUGUGGCCUUUGAUCUAGUCUAUAUUAAGAUUGUUUCUAUCUUGCACAUGCUCCAAGGAUGGGUUGUCUCCAGCUGCAUCCCCAUUUCCCACCUGCCUCUUUGUACUCUGAAUCAGACACUCCCAAACACUCCAUCUGCUGAGCUAGGAAAGUGGGAGAGAGGAAGCAUUUCUAAAUCAGUGUUAAGUGCUUGGGAAGAGACAUGUAAGAGCAGUGAGAGUUUAUAUAAUUAGCAAAUUCUGUUCUUAGAAUCCAGCAAAAAUGUAUUUCUGUUGUUAUUAUUUACAAAACAGUGGCCUCAGAGGAGCUGUCUUUUGGAAAAUAAGUUUUCAUUCAUGUAGUCAGGCAUGCACGACUUAUUUGAGUCAAUAAACUGUGGGCCAGAAAACGACCUGCUUAAAUGAACGCACAUCUUCUCAUUCUCUUUCAAGCUGUUCUCGAGCCCUUGGAUUCAUAGCCCCGCGGUCUUUGUUGUUUCUGCUCUUUGAUAAAACACAUGAGACCAUGUCAGACGCAUCGUUUCAAGAAAGACCAAAAAGCAAUGACAACACACAAGAGUCAAUUACCAAUGGCCUGAACAUGAUGUUGGCCAAAGUGCCUGUCUGCACUGAGUUCGUGGAGUUUGAAGAGGUGAAGGAAAAUCAAGGUACCACAAGAGACCAUGUGCCAUCGGUGAAUGGAGCGUGCAGUCUGAUCCAAACAGAAAACUUGUCCCAACAAAACAUCCAGAGUUCCUUGAAUUAGACACCAGUGCCUUUGUAGGAAGCACGCCAGAGCUAGUAUCUGGAGGGCAGAGGAAGGAGUUUCUUUUUAGAAAUUCUAAAACAGCAACACAGCUGGGAAUUUGGUUAGAUAUCCUUACAAGCUAUGUUUUUCUCUCAUCCCUAAGAUAAGCAUCUCAUGUGUAGAUCUGAUACCUCUUGACUUUGGCACAGCUUUUAUUCUCAAGUGACCGCUUAUUUGAACUCUGUUGUCUAGAAUUCUUCAAGACGACUGUACCUCCGAAAUAGAUUCUCAUUGCAGAGGCCUUAAAUCUGUGGGGUUUUGCCACUGCCUCCAUCCUGGGAUGUAUUCAGUGGGACAUUUCAUUUCCCAAGGGUCGUUAUCUUAAGACAUUGGCGGAUUCCCUUCUCUCGCUUAUCGAUUAUUGAUAACCCCAGUCCCCACCCUUGUUUCUCAUUGCACUAGUAUUUAACAGAGUCCCUUCCCAUCAAUUCUUCAUCGUAAUCAUUCUAAAUUUAGUCCUACCCAAAUUAAUUCUUGUUCUGUCAGAUGCCCAUCCUACACGUAACCCUGGCUUUUUGAAGACAGAGAAGUCUCUCUGAGGAUCCAGGCGAUCUGAAGAUGAUGCUAAUCCGGGAGUAGAAAGUUCAUCCAUCCAGCCCUCCCCUGAGCUCCCCCUUCUUAGCUCUGGGAUUGUCUUGUCUCCUGCAUCCUCGCCAAGCAUCCCUUUGUAGUUCCCAGAGCUCUCUGAUGAGCUUCUCCUCCCUCCCGGAGACAGCCUGGGUCUUUCAGUGGGAUGCACCACCUGCACUUCUGAUUGUUCUGAGACCCAGCCCAGAGGGGUGGGGAAGGCACGCCAGCCCUGUUUCAAUAAACUGCCUGCAGAGAACCGCAGCCUGUAACAGUCAUCGAGCUCCCCGCCCCCUGAGGUCUCCAGGCUCAUUUGACCAGUGCAGCUGCGACUUCGGCGGUCUGCCUCUGGCAGGUGCCCAUAGCAGCAUCUUGUUCCACUGCCAUAGGAAGUUUAUUUUUGCUCAAGGGCAGCUGCCAAACCCAGCACCAGCAUCAAUAGAAGGUAUUCUCUGAUUUUCUUCUCUUCAUCCCAGGUCCGGCUGUCUUACCAAUCCCCACUUUUCGUUUUGCAGGACGUGCCAGGAGACUGGCUGGAGACCAUCAGUCCCUUUCUUCUUUUGAACCUCUCUUCCCACUCACGCUUCCCUAGCAGAAAGCAUGACCCAGACUAGGAAAUUAAACACUUCUGGGUGAAUGAAAAACUUUAGGACAUCGAAGGGUUUCAUUCUGAAAUACAGUAGCAAGGACUGGCCCAUUUGCAUCAUCUUACGGCACUGAGCUGUUAUGCAUCGAUGCUGAAGGUGUCCUCCUGAGGUUAUUGAGGGUGACCUGGGAGAAAGGGUGGAAAAAAAGUGUUAGGAUCAAAGCGGCUUUGUCUGAUGCAUUCCCUGCCGAGAGAUGGAAAACUAGCAUUUGUCCCCAGAAGAGCUGAGCAUGACCAGCCAGUCCCAGCAGGCUCACGGCAUCCACCAGAAAGGACAGGACCCCAAAUGGGGUAGACUUUGUGGGAAAUUAGCCAGUGAGUCUGCUGAUGUUUUAAUCUGCCCAAGUGCAGGAUGCUGGCAAGAAAGGUGGACCACCCUACCAGUCCUGACCGACCCCAGGGAUGCAGCCUCCGCCAGCAUCCUGAGAAGUGAACUAAGGUGCUUAACAAUUCAGCACAUUUAUGGAACAUCUACUGUACUUGAAUGAAGCUUCAUUUGGAGCCUAAGCUCCCGCACGAGUAAGUUGAGCAUAUAGGGCCCUUUGACAGCAGCUUAGGGGAACAGCCAUUGUUUCCAGAUUGGCAGAAUCCUUCACUUUGAUAUCCUUCGGAGAAUCUAAAUUCUUUUUAUAAAUAGUCCGGGAAGCUGUUUUUCAGACUCAGUCUCUAAGGUGAGUCCCAGUCCACAUGUGUACAACCCACCCAGCCUACCCAGCGUGAAGCAGGCAGAUACACCCACCCUCAGCCUGUGCCCGCAAGGCCACCAUGGAGAACCCAGUGGGGUCAGCCCUCUGAUCUUCAGAGGGCCGUGAGCACGGCCAGGCCCGUAGGCCAGUGGAAGUCCCAGCUGUCAGGGACCAGCCAUGGUGCUGGUGGGAAUGGGAGACACCAGAGCUGUCCGCCAAACAUAACACCGAUCUUAGAACCAGAGUAAAGUAGGAUGAGGAAUUGGAACACCCAGUAGAUGCCCCGGGUGUAGGAAACACAGGCUGUCAGAAGUCGGUAAAGGCCUGUCGUCUGUCAGCAAGCCGGCCGGGCGUCUGCACGUCCAGGGGAAGGUACUCGGCUUUCUUGGCACCAGUGGCGCUUAAGGCUCUAUCGAUAAAGCUCCCUCUCUCUUUCUGUGUCGCGACUGCUGCAGGGCUGUAUGAUCCAGCUUUAUCUUCCUGGCAUGCAAAGCAUGCUUGAUCCGGAAUUUGUUUUUUUUAUUUUUUAGCUUUAGCUGAAGGCAUUUCUGAAACGGUGGGGGGGCGGGUGGUGGAAGGAGAAUGGAAGCCCUAGAACCAAAUCACAGAUUGCCCUGCCUUAUUUGGUUGUGGUCUUCUAGUAAUCAGACACUUGUGAUGUGCUUUUCUGGAUUCAGAAAUAGCUGAUUGUCCUCAGAGGGUCGAAGAAAUGGUUUCAGAAACCUGAAAUGCAGGACCUUAUAGUUCUCCUAAUUAUCUUGUCUUUUCUCUUUUUCUCCCUUCUCUCCCCCAAGGGAGGUGGGGAAACGCUUUUUACCAGAGUUUGCUUUAAAGAGUUUUCUCAUCCUCUGUGCAUUUUCCCUUGAUAUUGAAAUUAUUUUCUCUUGUUUAAUCCAGCUCCUGCUGAGAAGCUGUGUGAGCUGUAGGAAGUGGGGUUGUUUUGCUGUAUCUUUUGGACGGUGUUGCAUUCUUACUCUUAACCCGAGGGUUAAGUCUCAGUUCUGUUCGUUCUGUUUCAUGCAAGUUAAUAAUACAGGUGGAAGAGAAGGAUUCUGGUGUUUAGGAUCAUUUUAGAAUUCUGUCCUGGGAGAGGGGUUCAGCCCCUCAGCCUCGCCAGAGCUGGGGUGAGGGGUGGAGUGAGCCCCGCUGAAGCCCCCAGUUAGGAGAGGAUACGGAUGAGCAGCUUUCUUUCCGGUCGCCAUUUUAUAUUGUGUUUCCUGAGUUUUCCACAUGUAGAAGAUAACGCGUUUGUUUCACCAUCUCGUGUAUCUGCUUCCUGAGGAACCUGGACGUUCUCCUGGGGUCCUUCCCUCGCGGCUUCCUCACGCAGCUGUUUUGCACCGUGCUUCAUUGCCGUCACCCACGGAAGACCAUCUCCACGCAGAAGUACACGUUUUGUUCUUUGGACUUUGGAAGUAGUUUUGUGAUGUUUAGAUUUUCUGUUAGCUUAUUGCCUAAGCAUUACAGAAUGUACGUACGUAGUCCCUUCAGCCGUCUCCCUCACCCCAGAAUAUCCUAAUAAA